CCCAAGUUGGAAAAACUACUCUUUUUCAGCAAAUAGUUAGAAAAUAUUCUCUGGGUGGGAAGGAGAAUGGUCCAAGUGUUAAGCCCUCAGUCAACUAUGUUGAGUCUCGGAUUGCAUUAGAAAAUAAUAUUUAUAAACUAAUUGAUACUCCUAGUUUUCGACUUCGUCCCCAAACCCAGAUAGAGAAAGAAGGUAAGAAACAAAUACAGGAAUUAUUAAAAAAAAGUGAUUUAAUUUUGUGGUUAGUAGAAGAAGUUGACAACGAGAUACUUUUAUUAAGUAAAUAUUUAAAAAAAAUUGCUACCCCCAAAAUUCUAGUGGUUAAUAAGGCAGACGUGGAAGGUGGCGGUGAAGAAAGUUUUUUUUCUUUUCGGGUUCUGAGGCUAGAAUUUUGGGUGGCUAUUUCAGCUUUAAAAACCACCAAUCUCGACCAAUUAAUAAAGCAAAUAAUUAUGAAAAAAUCAACCAAUACAAAUAACGAUGUAUACAAG